GGUGCGGCCAUGCCAUUUGGCUGUUUAACAAUUGGAGAAAAGAAGGAUUAUCACAAUCCUUCGGAUGUGACAGACAAAUAUGACCUGGGUCAAAUUGUUAAAUCGGAGGAAUUCUGUGAGAUAUUCAGAGCCAAGGACAAAACUACAAUGAAAAUGUACACUUGUAAAAAGUUCCUGAAAAAGGAUGGAAGAAAAGUCCGCAAGGCUGCCAAAAACGAGAUUCUUAUCCUAAAGAUGGUGAAGCAUCCCAAUAUUCUCCAGCUGGUGGAUGUCUUUGAGACCAAAAAAGAGUACUUCCUCUUCCUUGAACUAGCAACAGGCAGAGAAGUAUUUGACUGGAUCUUGGACCAGGGCUACUACUCAGAACGAGAUACCAGUAAUGUGGUGCGCCAGGUUUUGGAGGCUGUCGCCUACCUUCACUCUCUGAAUAUUGUUCACAGAAACCUCAAGUUGGAGAACUUGGUUUAUUACAACCGCCUGAAGCACUCUAAGAUAGUCAUCAGCGACUUCCAUCUUGCUAAGCUGGAGAAUGGACUUAUAAAGGACCCUUGUGGAACACCAGAGUACCUUGCUCCAGAAGUGGUUGGUAGACAGCGCUAUGGCAGGCCAGUGGAUUGCUGGGCGACUGGUGUUAUCAUGUACAUUCUGCUGUCAGGCAACCCUCCUUUUUACGAUGAAUCUGAUGACGAUGAUUAUGAAAACCACGACAAGAACCUGUUCCGAAAGAUCCUGGCAGGGGAUUAUGAGUUCGACUCUCCUUAUUGGGAUGACAUUUCAGACUCAGCAAAGACUCUGGUUGCUCGUCUGAUGGAGGUGGAUCAAGACCAGAGACUGACAGCCCAGGAGGCUAUAAAUCAUGAAUGGAUCUCUGGAGGUGCAGCUUCAGAUAAGAACAUUAAGGAAAAUGUGUGCGCACAGAUAGAGAAGAACUUCGCCAGAGCUAAAUGGAAGAAAGCAGUGCGGGUCACUACCAUCAUGAAGAGACUAAGAUCACCUGAGUCAAAGACUACCAGCGCUGACGCUGCUGCCCCUGCAGAUACCACAUCUCCCCCAGCAGUCACAGACCCCUCCGCACCCUCUUCUGUGGCAGCACCUGAGGGAGCACCUGCUGAAGUCACAGACACCUCCGCUACAGCUAAACCUGCGCCAGAAGCCGGAGCCGGAGAGGCGGCUUCAGCUGCCGCUGAGCUCCAGCAGCCAAGCCCGCUGCCAGAGGACGCCGAGCCAACAUCGCGCUGUAACGGAGAAGCUUCUGCUGCUCUCAAUGCAGGCCCUGAAGCUGGGGAUGAGCAGGGUUAGAACCAGCAACUAGUCCUCCCUGUGUGACCUCUGAAGUCCCCACCAAGUCCUGCACACUGUACAUUAGCUGCUAGCAUGGUGACACUGACUCUGCUUCUCUCUCACUCGCAGCAUUAGUAUCAUCUCAUGAAGGCUGUGUGCUACCUUUCCUGAGUGCUGCGUUGCAUUGGCUUUUUUAUGUAUUGUGUCUUUUUUCACUGACCCUCCAGCAUUUUGUGUCUGAUUAUAUACAGCCCUUGUAUCUUUGAUCACUUAAAUUUUUGGGGAACAAACAGAUUUAUUGUCAAACUGGUUACAGUGCUGUGAAAAGUAUUUGUCCCCUUUGUAAUACUUUUUUUUGCCUAUUUGUCCCACUUAAAUGUUACAGAUCAUCAAACAAAAUUUAAUAUUAGAAUAGAUAACCUGAAUCAAUACAAAAUGCAGUUUUUAAACGAUGAUGUCAUUUAUUAAAGGGAAAACAUCCAUCCACACCUACCUGGCCCUAUUUGAAAAAGUAAUUGCCCCCUAAACCUAAUGACUGGUUGUGCCACCCACAGCAACAACUGCAGUCAAGUGUUUGCAAUAACAGGCAAUGAGUCUUUUACAUCGCUGUGGAGGAAUUUUGGCCCACUCAUCUUUGCAGAAUUGUUUCAAUUCAGCCACACUGGAGGGUCGUUGAAGGCCUGUUUAAGGUCAUGCCACAGCACCUCAAUAAGAUUUAGGUCCAGACUUUGAGUUUUCCACUCCAAAACCUUUAUUUAUAUUUUUAAGACAUUCAGAGGUGGACUUGAUGGUGUGUUUUGGAUUAUUUCCCUUGUGCAUAACCCAGUGGUGCUUGAGUUGAGGUUCCAAAUUGAUGGCCUGACAUUUUCCUUCUGGAUUGAAUGGUAGAGAGCUGCUAGUUUUACUCCCUCCAGAAAGUUCAGCCUUUGUCUUGUCUGUCUAGGGAAUAUUUUUCCCAAAGUCUUUGUGCAUCAUCAAGAUGUUUUUUGUCAAAUGUGAGAUGAGCCUUUGUGUUCUUUUUGGUCAGCAGUGGUUUUUUUGCCCAGUCUCUUUCAUCUACUUGAAUCAUGAAUCUUGACCUUACCUGAGUCAAGUGAGGCUCGCAGGUUUUCAGAUGUUGUUCAAGAUUCUUUUGUGCUCUUGGAAUAAUUUUGGUAGGCCGGCCACUCCUGGGCAGGUUCAACACUGUUCCAAGUUUUCUCCAUUUGUGGAUAAAUGGCUCUCACAUAAUUCCUGAGUCCCGAAGUUUUAGAAAUGGAUUUUUAAUCCCCUCAGGCUGAUAGAUGUCUGUGACUUUGUUUUCAUCUGUUCUUGAAUGUCUUUGGAUAGUGGCAUGAUGAGA